CUCAGUGCCAGUGCCCAGCACUUAAGUUCUGCAUUGGCAUGCCACUUUUAAGUGUAAAUAAGCUGUAAGGUGCACACUAUUUUGCUGAAAAUCUGUAUUGACUGAGCAUCAGGUUCCAACAAUUCAUCACCACUGUAUAUCUUACCUUUUUUACUGUUUGGUAUUCUCAGCAGCCUAGAAAUACACAAAUGAAGAUUGAAAGCAUAAAACAGGUAUUUGUGGAUCCAUGUGUUCAUCAACAUGCACCCCUCUCAAUAAAAACAGGCUAUGUAUUUUCUAUAUUCAAAAAUCCAAGUUACUGAGCAAUUUGAUGCACAGCACCAAUUAAAUAGCAGUUUAACAUGCUAUUAGGUGAGCCAUGGACUCAGAAACUGACUAAAGUCUGUGCAAUGACCUCCUUUCAGCAGCACUGCCGGCGGCAGUGUCAACAGUAGCACAGCAAUAUGCCAUCCGUUUCGUCCAAGCUGCUGGCGCCGCUGUCGCGCCGUACCGGCCUGCAGGAGGCCAGUCUGGCGCGGAUGGCGGCCGUGCUGGUGUUCAGCCUCUACCUGUACCGGGUGGGCCGGCGCCCGCUCGGCCGCCUGCUGGCCACGCUGAUGGCGCGCCGACAGCGCACCGUCUCCGAGGGUGGCGGCAGGCGCCGGAGGCAGCCGCACCGCGCCGCCGCCGCCGUCAACAAAGAGUUCGCCGUCGAGCUGCUGCGGCUGCUGCGCAUCAUGGUUCCGGGCGUGCUGAGCCGCGAGAGCGCCCUGCUGGGGCUGCACACGUGCACGCUGGUGGCGCGCACCUUCCUCUCCGUCUACGUGGCCACCCUCGAGGGACGCAUGAUCAAGUACAUCGUGCGCAAGGACAUCAUCAACUUCACACGCAUGAUCCUGCGCUGGCUGUGCGUGGCGCUGCCAGCCACCUACACCAACUCGAUGAUCCGCUACCUGGAGAGUAAACUGGCGCUGGCGUUCCGCACUCAGCUGGUGCGAUACGCCUAUGAGCGCUACUUCGCCAACCAGACCUACUACCGGGUGUCCAACCUGGACGGCCGGCUGGAGAACGCCGACCACUGCCUGACCGACGACGUAACCACCUUCACCAGCUCGGUGGCGCACCUGUACUCGCACCUGACCAAGCCGCUGCUGGACAUCGUCAUCAUCGUCAUGGCGCUGGGGAAGCUGGCCAAGAGCCGCGGCGGCGCUAACGUGCCUGGGAUGCUGCUGGCCGGUCUGGUGAUCGGCCUCACCGGUCAGGUCCUGCGCCUUCUCUCGCCGCCGUUCGGCAAACUGGUGGCCGAGGAGGCCAACCGCAAGGGCUACCUGCGCUACAUUCACUCCCGUGUCAUUGCCAACGCCGAGGAGAUCGCCUUCUACGGCGGCCACCAGGUUGAGAUGGGUAUUCUGGAGACGGCCUACCGGUCUCUGAUGCGCCAGAUGAACACCAUCUUCCGCAACAAGCUGUGGUACGUGAUGGUGGAGCAGUUCCUGAUGAAGUACGUGUGGUCCGGCUGCGGCAUGGUCAUCAUCUCGCUGCCGCUGCUGCUCGGAAACAAGCGCACAGACGAGAUGGAGUCGGACGGCGGAGUCGGCGAGCGCACUCAGUACGUGUCCACGGCCAAAAACAUGCUGCAGUCGGGCGCCGACGCCGUUGAACGACUCAUGACCUCCUACAAGGAGGUGGUCGAGCUGGCCGGCUACACGUCCCGCGUGGGCUCCAUGCUGACCGUGUUUGACGAGGUGGGACGCGGCCAGUACCAGCGCGCGCUGGCCGCAGAGCCCACCGACCGGCAGCUGCGCGCCAUACCCAUGAAGGACGGCAUGCCGCUCAUACAGGGCCGUGUCCGCGAGUCGGGCGAGGGCACCAUCAUCCUGCGUGACGUGCCGAUCGUGACGCCCAACUGUGACGUGGUGGUGCCGUCACUGACGGUCACCAUCACCCGCGACACGCACCUCCUUAUCAGCGGUCCUAACGGCUGCGGCAAGAGCAGCCUGUUCCGGAUACUAAGCGGACUGUGGCCCGUGUACCGCGGCGAGCUUCAGAAACCCACCACCGAGAACAUGUUCUACAUCCCACAGCGGCCGUACAUGUCGAUCGGCUCUCUGCGGGACCAGGUCAUCUACCCGGACAGUGUGGAGGUGAUGCGACACCGGGGCUUCUCGGACUCGGACCUGGCCGAGAUUCUAUCGGUGGUGCACCUCGGCUACCUGGUGGAGCGCGAGGGCGGCUGGGACGCGCUCGGCGACUGGAAGGACAUCCUCUCGGGCGGCGAGAAGCAGCGCAUGGGCAUGGCGCGCCUGUUCUACCACCGGCCGCAGUACGCGCUGCUGGACGAGUCGACCAGCGCCGUCAGCAUGGACGUCGAGGGCAAGAUGUUCCAGGCGGCCAAGGACGCCGGCAUCACGCUGCUGACCAUCACGCACCGGCCGUCACUGUGGCAGUACCACACGCACCUGCUGCAGUUUGACGGCGAGGGCGGCUGGAAGUUCGAGGAGCUGAACACGGAGACGCGGCUGUCGCUGCAGGACGAGAAACAGUCGCUGGAGAAGCAGCUGAACGGCGUGCCCAAGAUGCAGGAGCGGCUCCAGGAGCUGUGCACGCUGCUGGGCGAGGACUCGCCGGUGCUCGGCGCCGCCUCCACCGACUUUCUGUCGUCGGAGGGAUCGGAGAGCCGGCUCAGGAAGGACUCGGACCGGUCCGGCUCGGAGUGAUGGGACCGCCGACCGCCGCCGCUCCGGACACGCUCCGACUGCAGUGGCCAGUCCUCAGCUCUGCCCGCUCCGCCGCCCAGACCGGGCGGCCUCGCUCACACGCCGCCGUGCUCACAGUCUGGGGCGCCGGCGGACGAUCCUAUACUGCUGAUACUCACUGGGUGAGACGCGACUGCCUGUUCACAGGGCGGACCCGGCUCGGGUCAGGAUAGUGGAUACCCGGGACUGACAGUACACGUCGAGUGAAGACAGACAGUGCUCGGGGGAAUAUUUGUACAGAUGACACAUUGGUGCAAUUGGAGCGGAUGGGUCAUCAUUGUGACUCCGUCCGUGCCAUUCAGCUGCUGCUGUAUGUGGUUAACAUCAGACAAGUGGACGGUGAUUUUAUCAGAGGGAUUUUGAUCAAAGUGCGACGACCGUCUAUGGAAUUGGGGACCAAGAAGUCUCUGUGUAGACUGAAGUAGUCCGGGAAUCGAUGUGGGUCCCGUCAUUUAUGAUUUUGAUCUAGUCUGAUGGACACGGGCUAUUAGGUGCCGACUGCCGAGUGUCAAUGCCACGUGAGUGUGCCGAUUUUAUUAUUCGCUCUCUAAGACCUUGUGCUGUGGACGGCGAUGUUCGUAACCGUUAUACAGCGUGUGGCUAGUUUAGGCGGCUUUAUUACGGAACGAAUGGCAUUACAUAUUAUCUUUCAUUAUGUAUUGGUAUCAGAGGCUAUAUAUUUAUCUUGAGAGUCGUCAUGGGUCUUUCGUGUGUUGUAUGAUAGUUGUAGUCGUCCCGCUACGGCCAAGACAGGAGGAACUUAGCUAGAGGCCUCGGCCAGUAGAAAUGAACGUUUGAUUGUUUUGCAUGACUAAACUACAAGCCAAUUGUAAUAUACGGACGGGAAUCUUU